CUAACGUCAGAAUCAGUUGGUGAAAUGUCACGGAAGUAGCGAAAAGUUGAUCAGUUUUGGCCGUUCGCACCAAAAUAAUCGUGUGAAAACCGUGCGUUUCAACCGCGAACGUAUUCUAGUCAACCAUUGGAUUCCCGAGCUCAGGCAUGUACGGCUGUAAAUACUUCAAGGACGAGAAAAUUACCAGGAAAUCAAUGAUCCGAACGUUUCUGAGAAUCUAGCUGAAGGGGUUGAUUUAAAAUUCCUCUAGGAAUGACUGUAACCAUUCCCAGUAUGCCUGCCGUGAGGAAAUACAGAAGGGACACGACUGAAGUCAGUAGCUGCCUCAAGUACAUGAUAUUCGGAUUCAAUGUUCUAUUUUGGUUGUUGGGGCUGUGCAUUCUGACUGUCGGCGUUUGGGCAUGGUCGGAAAAAGAUAUUUUUAAUAAUCUAGGCAAAGUCGCCAAUGUAGCGCUAGAUCCAGCUUUUAUUUUAAUCUGUGUCGGAACCCUUACGUUCAUAAUCGGUUUUACAGGCUGUGUGGGUGCUCUAAGAGAGAAUACAUGUCUGCUGGCUACGUACGCUCUAUUUUUGUCAGUGCUGCUAUUAUUUGAAAUGACCGCUGGAAUAUUGGGCUUCAUAUUUAAAGACUGGCUAAAGGCCCAAGCGACGAUCGGAUUCCAGACGUUCAUAAUCCACUAUAGAGAGGACCCUGAUCAACAGAAUUUGAUUGACUGGAUUCAAGAAGACUGGUUACAGUGCUGCGGCAUUGAGGGCCCUAAAGAUUGGGACCAAAACAACUACUUUAAUUGUUCGUCUAGGGACGUCGGAAGCAGGGAGGCUUGCGGAGUUCCCUUUUCCUGCUGUAAGAGGAAACCGAAUGAGAUUAUUAAAAACAAGCAGUGCGGAUAUGACGUUAGGAAACCCGGAUUCCCAGGUGAGAGGCACAUAUUUGAAAGGGGCUGCCUUCGGGCAGGCGAGGAGUGGAUCGAGAGCAACUUGGUGCCAGUGGCGGCCGUUAAAGUGGGAAUCAUGAUCCUACAGGCUUUUGACGUUGCCAAAAUUAUAAACGAACGGGGCUGCAUCGAGGCCGUAGAAGACUGGACCGAACAAAACAUGAUAUCUUUAGCAUCUUGCGGUUUUGUUGUUUUAUUUUUUCAAAUUUUAGGUAUUUGCUUCGCUCAGAACUUGCGAGCAGACAUUUUCGCGCAGAAGGCCAAAUGGCACUGACAAUUGCGAACUCCCACGGCCGUCUAGUAUACUUUUAUGUACAGGACGGCCUGGGAGCCCGGCACCAUCGAGAGGUUCGACCUGCUGUGAUGUCCGGGAAAUGAGAUAUACCGGGCCGAAUUGCUGUUAAACGUUAUGGGGGCCAUAUUUCAGACAUGUUGCUGGCGGUCCCGCAUUUUAUGUUCCGUUUCGGCAGAUUACACAGUGCCUCCAAUUAUAAACUAUCCAACCGAAAGAAUUUUCCGGGAAAAUUACUGUGAUUUAAGGGGCGUUCCAUCAAAAUAGAGCGAGUAUGAGAAACAGUGUUAAAUCGUGUAAAUAAAAGAAAGUCGCCUAAAAGGGGAUGCUUUAUAUUAUUAUUAAAUUAAUUAUAAGAGAUUGUUUUUACAAUACAUAGUUCGUUCUUGAAGAGGCGCUUUUUUUUUAGGUCAGUUAUUUCAGUGCCACAGUGCGACAUUAAAAAAUUAGUUCUGAACUACACAUAUUUAGAGUCGAAAGAAACAUUAGUAAUAUCGAAAACAACAAUAUAUCUUAAACUAGCAACCCUCUGUAUAUUGAUAUCUAAAAAUGCUCUUCAUACUAUAUCCCAAUUUAAACCUGCUGUUUUUUCUCUUUUCGUCUGGAAAAUUUCUUUCACUGAUCUUGGUUACAACGAGCACGUUUUUCUUUUGGUGGCUAGAUGAAGACAAAUACGUAAUUUAUUUUUUACAACAAGCUAGAAAAAACAAAAUUUACUUUUCUAGCAAUUGGCGAAUCACCUCUUCGUGAACAUAUUCUCGCUCUAAACCCUGCAGAAUACUUCUAACGUCAUCUUCGGAAAGACCGCAAAAUUAUUCGGGUUUUCUCGACCUUCUUGAGCACCUAGACUUCCCGGCAUUGCUCUCCGUCCGACAUUUUGGUGUAAACUGACGUGAACUGAUGCUAAUUAGUUCCAGCUAUGACACAAACAAGACAGUCGGCAGUCUGACAAGCAAACUCACUUUAUCCAUUCUUCACGCCUCAUAUGCUUAGAGGAUGAUAGUUCAGAGAAAAUUCCAUCUUCCUGGAAGUUUUCAGGAUUCAUGAAAAAACUUGAGCUACCUGCUUUUUCUUUUUUUAUUUUUACUUUCACAGUAGAUGUUACACGUUUCCUUCCCUUUUGAUAAACUCCUUUUGCAUUUGAGAUGACAAUGUUUCUUUUGUCACUGUAAAUUUCCGUUUUCAAUGCUCGAUCCCAACUGGUUUUUGCGUGGUGUACUAGUGACGACAAGCGCGUGCCCAAGAAUGUUGUGAUUCCGGGGAGAGCGGUGCCAUUCAUUAACUCCGAACCGAAAAAAACAAAGCAUUCCUCGAAAACGGUAUGUCCGAUCCUAAAAAGUCCUUAAUACAGAAGACGCGCAAGAUUCGAGGAAAUAACCUGAACCUCGAAAAUGUACAGGGUGUCCCAAUUAUGUCUACUGCGGCACUGCCGGCAUUAUUGCCACAAUUUGUGUCUUUCAUUUUGCUCUUACGACCCUGAGAUGUACUGUAGUUAAUUCGCACGUAAGAUAUCCCUUGGAAGGUUCUCAAAGACAACUUUUUAUGCUCUGCAAGAAAUCCCGAAAGCCAUUUUUUCCCAGCUUUAGCUGCGUUAAACGAAAUGUUCAUCGACGUCCUUACUUUUGGUAUUGAAACUGGAGCUGCUAGAUGUUUUUAUGUUUUUAACAUUUAGCUAGAUUGUUGUUUUGAGUGUCGAUUCUGCUUUUCGUAACGACUCUAGGAGAUGAGGUUGGGUUAUUAUUUGUUGAAGAUUGUAAGAGCACCAUACUCAUUUAACAACGAAUCAUAACCAUUCACCAGGCAAUCUUUAUCAAUAUCUUGAAGUAUCCAAUUCAAACGAUACUUAAACACAUGCCAUAUAUGAUGAAAUAAACAGCAGGUCAUAUAACAAACAAAAAAAUUACUUACGCUUCUUGAGGAUCUGCAAAGAAAUCUUUUAUCGUUAUACAUGACCUAAUAUGGAUACCCCAAAUUAUCAAAAAACUACAUACAGCAUUUGCAAAAGCGCGUUUAUUUUGCGACUUUCUUCUACUGGGUGUUUUUAGUACAACGAGGAAACAGAUUGAUAUCUUCGAAAGUGAGCUGUAUGUUUCCCGUUUCUCACCAGCAUUGAAGAGUUAUUUUAAUUCCCCAUAAUUCUGUUGUGAUAUGUUGGACGCACUGUGUAUAAAAGGGGAGUAGCCUUGCCACAAAAGCAAUCGAACCAAGCUUGGACCCUUGAACAUGACACAGUUUGAAUCGCUGAAACGGGUCGACGUUUAAUUAUUAAAAUUUGUACUGGCGGCUGCCUUUUUGUAAUUGUACCGCCAUUAAAAUAUGUGUGUAAAAAUUGUUUCCGAUUUUGAUGAUCACUACCUUAUUGUGCUUUGGAUCUCCGAUAUUGUGAUCAGGAAAACUUUUGUAAAUAAAGCUAAAAUAUUAAGAUUGCGCAACAUUCCGACAGUUCAAACUUCAUGUCGAUUACUCUUAACUAUUAGAUAAGGAAUCUUAGACAGAUUCUUAACGAAUCAUAUCAUGAAAUCCUUGCUCUGGAUCGCAAACUCUUGCGGAACAAGUUUUGAAUCUCACGUUUGUUACAGAUCGCCUUUCAUUUUUGUUCGAAAGGGAUUUGUGCAUCAAACACGUUUUAUUGUUAGAUAUUUUUCUGUGAUGAAUAUCGUUUGUUAAUUUUGAAACAAACUUUGCAUCGUUCGAACUAGCCUUUCGUUAUGUUACGGCGAUGAGUCUCAGUUUUAUGUGAUAUUUAUGGGCAAACUCUUUUUUUUAUAUAUAGCGUGGUGAUCUUGGCGUGCGACAUAUGGGAUUUUUUUUACUAAGUGCCCAACUUAAAUUGCCAAAAGUUGGUGCGUGUUCCGAAAUCAUAUUGUCCAAGAGUAAAGUACCCUUAUUUCAGAAAAUUUAGCAAAAUGUUAUUAGGUUGUUUUGAACUUUUAUCAGGACGACAAGGUUUUUUGUUCGAAAAAUAUUAAUAUUUUUUUUCAAUAAUUUGAAAUAUUUAAAAUAAGUAUAUUAAAAAAACUUUUUUUUAAUCUUAAUAGGCCCUGUUUUAAUGUAAAGUAAGAAUUUUGACCUGGUAAAACAACUUUUCCUAAUAACAUUUUACUCAAUUAUUUGAAAUAAGGAUACUUUACACUUAUGCGGCUUUGUCCUGCUGAUUGACUUGUAAAUUUUUUAUGUACGCCUAAUUUGAUUACUUAACACGGCAGUAUUAGUAUUUUAGUUGUGCAGUUUAAUAAAAGAAAUCCCGUAUGUUGCGCACUAAAAGGGUCACAGUGAAGAGAUAUCGGUAUAUUGUUUAAGUUAAUUAUUUCUCUGCUCACUACUGAAACCAUUUAAUGUUUUACUAAGUUUUUAUUUUUAAUUUUCGCGUUUUUGUAAUCCAACUAAUGUUGAGAAAGUAUUGUAGUUCUUUGUAUACUUGUAUAAUAAAUUAUAGU